CCCACCCAAACCCCACUCCCCAAAGCCGCGGGCUGAGGAAGCGGAGGACGCGUUUUGCAUUGCGUGGUGACGCGCCAGACACGCAGGUAACCCCCAGGUCUCUUGUAUUGGUUAGUUGAGACAGAAAUAUGGCCUUCUACAGUUAUCAUUCAGUCUUAGCUAUUGUCCGGACAAGAUUCCCUAGCCAUUUUGUGCUUCCUACCUGCUCUUCUUAUUCUCCAUCGCUUGCAUUUCUUCACUUGCCAGAUUAUUUAAGUAAGAACUAUGUGAAGAACUACAGAAGUAAGAAGUACUCCUCCUAUAUCAGUCAGUCAGACAGUGAAGGACUUCACUUACGAACUAGACUAAUCCAAAAGCCACACACAUCAACUUGUUGGCUACACCAGGGCCCUAGUAAACAUCAGCUGGAACAAACCCCAGAAAAUCCAAAAGAGACAAGUCCUCAGUCCACAAAAAGACCUGAGACAAAGAUUAAUGAAAGAAAACGAUCUUUCAGACAAAAAAUCGUUGAUGAAUUUAAAUAUUAUUAUAACGGAUUCCACUUACUUUGGAUUGACACCAAAGUUGCUGCUAGAAUGGUUUGGAGACUGCUGCAUGGACAGGUGCUGACCAGACGAGAAAGACGAAGGUUGUUGAGAACUUGUGCUGAUGUUUUCCGCUUGGUUCCAUUUAUGGUAUUCGUAAUUGUGCCCUUCAUGGAGUUUCUGAUACCACUGUUUGUGAAACUCUUCCCAAAUAUGUUGCCAUCAACUUUUGAAAGUGAAUCCAAAAAGGAAGAAAGACAAAAGAAGAAAAUGGCUGCAAAGUUGGAGCUAGCAAAGUUCCUUCAAGAAACAAUUACAGAAAUGGCAAAGAGGAACAAAGCCAAAUUGGGAGAUGCUUCAACACAGUUCUCAUCCUACGUAAAACAGGUCCAGACAGGCCACAGGCCCAGCACAAAGGAGAUAGUUCGAUUUUCCAAACUCUUUGAGGAUCAGCUAGCCCUGGAGCAUUUAGAUCGACCUCAGCUGGUUGCCCUUUGCAAACUGCUAGAAUUGCAGUCCUUUGGAACCAACAAUUUGCUCCGCUUUCAGCUCUUGAUGACACUGAAGUCUAUAAAAGCAGAUGAUGAAAUGAUUGCCAAAGAAGGGGUGAAGGAUUUGAGUGUGUCAGAACUACAAGCGGCCUGUAGGGCCCGAGGGAUGAGAUCCUUGGGUCUUACUGAGGAACAGCUACGACAACAGUUCACAGAGUGGCUGGAUCUCCACCUAAAGGAAAAUGUCCCUCCUUCUCUUUUGCUCCUCUCACGUACCUUCUACCUGAUAGAUGUGAAACCAAAGCCAAUUGAGAUACCACCAAGUAUAAAGGCUCCAAAGACAAACAUUUCUAUGAAAUCACCUACCUCCCCUGAAUCUAAAGAGAAUAUGGUAGAUCGUGCACCUCAGCUGAAAGGAACUAAGGGUGAAGAAUUUAUACAACUACCCCCAGUACCAUCAACACCCAUAAAACCAUCAGCACCUACUUCUUUACCCCAAGGAUCCAUCACUUCUUCUCAAGAAGCUACCCUGCAGGCCAAAUCUAAGAUCUCUCAGACCAGCAAGGCUAAUUCCAAAGGAGCCUAAGGACCAGCGCAGCAGUAGCACCACAUCCAUGAAGGACUCCAGCUGAGACUCCGUGUCUGGUUUGAGGAUCAGCCAUUUACUCUACUUGGUGGGCUUGUGACCAUUCCAGGGAUCAGCAGUGACACCAAGUUCAGACCAUUUAGAGAGACAUAAUUCAAAGCCCAAUUCCUCUGUACUAUUGUGUCAUCACACUAAACUUUAUGUAAAGCCUAUCCCCACCAUGUUUUUGAACAGCUUCCUGUUUGUGUGUAUCUUUUCAGAAGGUUUUUUGUUGUUGCUACAUUAUGGAAGCAGCUUGGCAUCCUGGAUACUUUUGCUUAUCAUGGCUUAAAAUCCCUAAUCAAAACUUGGGACUCCAAAAUUCAUUUUCAGAACACCUGACCAACUUUUUCAGACUGGUCACCAGUAGGAACAGUGCCCUGGAAACAAAGCACCCUGAGACAAGAUGGCUAUAUUUCUCAGAAAGGCCUAAUCAGAAAAAUUGGGAAGUUAAACAUGGCAAUCAAAAUGAUUUGGCUGCUGCUUAGCUGGUCAGACAUCCAUCUACCUCCUAUGCCCACAGAGGCUACAGGAGUCUGGAAGGUGGCCAUUAUUGUAGCACAUAUGGCUUUCAUUAGUUACCAUUGUGCUAGGAAACAAAAUGAAGGGUGUAAGGCUUACACAUUUGUUCUGGAUGUGUUUGGUCAGUUUGUCUUUCACAAAUGAGACUGUUAGUCAUAGGGAAUCAGUCAUACAUAAUCCCUGUGCUAUCCAGUAACAAGUAUUGUGUAUAUCCUAGUAUUAACACUGGACUAUAUAAUAUUGGAUUAUGUAAUACUGGAAAUAUAUUCCAGUAUUAAUACUGGAAACAACUUGACAAGACUGCCAUACUGCUGACCCAAAAGCUUUUUUUCCCUGGGGUAGGGGAGAAGGUAUGUCAGCCUGUCCACAAUGAAAUUAAAUUUGCUGUGAAAUUGAAAGCAGUUAGAUGAGAUUUAUAUCGAGUAAAUAUCUGUCCUAUCUGAUCACUUACAUGAGAAAUGCCCAGCACUUUACAGCAAGAAAAUGCACCUUGAAAUGCUUCAAGAUGCUGGUGCCUACUUAUAAUCCCAGUUUUCAAGGAACAGGGGCAAGAGUGAAUUUUAAGGCCAGUCUGGACUACAUAACAAGACUUAGUCUUUUUUUUUUUUUUAAAAGGUCUUGAGGCAUAACUCAAGUGGUAAACCCUUGCCUAGCAAGCACAAAGCCAAGUUUCAGGCUCCAGUAUUGCCAAAAGAAAAAAAGCUUCUCUAUCAGUAAGCUUCACCUUGUCCUAUUAACUGCACUUCCAGAUAAUGAAUCCCUACUAUGCAAAUACAACAUUCUACGGAUCUAGCUAGAUGAUUCACAAUAAAAUUCCCAUUUUUAAAGCAA